GGCACAUCACUGCAGUCCCACUUCCACCUGACAUCACCGCCUCCCUGGCUCCGACUACUCCUGGUUCCUCUUAUGUGGACCCUUGUGAUUACAUUGGGCUCACCUGGAUAAUCCAGGCUCCUUACUCCGCACAAGAUUCUUAGCCUAAUAACAUCUGCAAGUUCACUUUUACCGUGGAAGUAGGAGGUGGUGAUGAUGUUUGUACAGCUAAGCUGAAGUCAAUCUGAUUUAGAAUAUGCUGUCCUCAACAAAUAAAGACGCGAAGCUGUAGGAAGGAAUUCAUUCAGGGCAUCCUUUAUGACCAAGACUGUCCAGUACCAAAAUGAGCUACAUAAAUUCCUAAUCUGGGAUACAGCUGGACAAGAACGAUUCCGUGCCUUAGCACCCAUGUACUACCGAGGGUCGGCUGCAGCGAUCAUUGUUUACGAUAUCACAAAAGAAUUGCUCUCCUCUCGUGUAUUACAGGAGACAUUCUCAACAUUAAAGAAUUGGGUGAAAGAGCUGCGACAGCACGGCCCGCCUAAUAUCGUGGUUGCCAUUGCAGGAAAUAAGUGUGAUCUUAUCGAUGUGAGAGAAGUAAUGGAGAGAGAUGCUAAGGACUACGCUGACUCCAUCCAUGCGAUUUUUGUAGAGACCAGUGCAAAAAAUGCGAUAAACAUCAAUGAACUCUUUAUAGAAAUUAGUAGAAGAAUUCCAUCCACUGACACCAACCCGCCAUGUGGCGGGAAGGGCUUCAAACUCCGGAGACAGCCUUCAGAGCCCAAGCGAAGCUGCUGUUGACCGGGCCUUGGCCUCUCCGACUCUGU